AGCAAACUUGCUCCUGUCAUGGUGGUGCUGCUCAUCAUUGUGGUCGGAGUCUUACCGUUGUUGUCAGCCCAAGUGACCGUCGGUCCGGUUACGUCUGGCCAGGGGGAUGUAGACUGGCGACCUUGUGGCGACUUCCCGUGGGAUAAUGGUGACGUCACGGUAGACUGUGACUACAGCUACGUUGAAGUCAAGCAGUGGCACAGCUGGUCAGGCACACCUCCAGACGACCCGGUACUAGUUUUGCGAGGACGGUGUACUGUGACCUGUCCCGUGGGAGCCGACGUGUUGGUCGGUCCACCAUACUCUGACUACUCCGGAUGGGACCUGGACGACGGAGCUUACUACUGCAACGCCGGGAACAGCACAUGGAUGGGAACAGAACCUGUGUGUCUUGGCUGUAGCAAGGAACAGGAACGUGCAAUGCAGAGAGUCCAACAGCGAGCUCUACGGAUUAUCAGCCGAGCGGGCAGGCGCGAUUUGCCCGACCUGCCCACCCUCCAGUCGCGACGCGAGGAUGCAGCUGUCAAACUAUUCAGACAAAUGUUGGAUAUUGAGCAUCCCCUACAUGACCUGGUCCCAGCUUCCAGAUCAACUGCCACGGGACGAUCACUGAGAAACAAAAACACUAUCUCCAUCCCCCCAGCUAGAACCAAAAGACUUCAGAACUCUUUCCUGCACACAGCCAUCAAGCUGUACAAUAAGACUAUAGACACUUAG